AUGUCCGUCAAGUUCCAGGAGGAGACUACCCGCGCCGUCACGGGCGGCAAGUCCGAGGACCUCGCGCACCGUGUCGGUGAGCGAUUGACCGGUGGAAAGGGAACAACUGGGUAUCUCCAGGCCUACCUGCUCCAGCUCCAGAAGAACCCGCUGCGCACGAAGAUGCUCACCUCCGGUGUGCUCUCGGGUCUGCAGGAAUUGCUGGCCUCAUGGAUCGCUCACGAUGUCGGCAAGCACGGCCACUACUUCAGCUCGCGCAUCCCCAAGAUGUCGCUGUACGGCAUGUUCAUCAGCGCGCCGCUCGGCCACGUCCUCAUCGGCAUUCUUCAGAAGAUCUUCGCCGGCCGCACAAGUCUGAAGGCUAAGAUCCUUCAGAUCCUCGUCAGCAACCUGAUUAUCUCCCCUAUCCAGAAUGGAGUCUACCUGACCUCCAUGGCUGUCAUUGCUGGUGCGCGCACCAUUCACCAGGUCCGCGCUACCGUCCGUGCCGGUUUCAUGCCCGUCAUGAAGGUCAGCUGGGUCACCUCGCCCCUGGCUCUCGCCUUUGCUCAGAAGUUCCUCCCCGAGCACACAUGGGUGCCAUUCUUCAACAUUGUCGGAUUCUUCAUUGGAACCUAUGUCAACACCCACACCAAGAAGAAGCGCCUGGAAGCUCUCCGGAAGCGCUACGACCAGCGCCGCGAUCCCCGUGAUCCUAGCUACGAAAAGCGCGACUACCCUUAA